UUUUAUUUGCUUCACCAUGGCAGCACCAGUCAACCCAAUGGACGAGCCAAGGAUAUACCAACAAACCCUACUUCAAGAUGGCCUCUAUGAUCUACUAGAGAAUGAAAAAUUGGUGGAUUGUAAACUGAAGAUCAAGGAUAAGGAGUUCCCCUGUCACCGGCUAGUCUUGUGCGCAUGCAGCUCUUACUUCCGUGCUAUUUUCUUGUCCGACCUGGAUGAGAGCAAGAAGAAGGAGAUAGUAUUAGAAGAUGUGGAACCAGGUGUCAUGGGGUUAAUUCUGAAAUACUUAUACACAUCUCAAAUCAAUGUCACAGAGCAAAACGUUCAGGACAUUUUUGCAGUAGCGAAUAUGUACCAGAUACCAUCCAUUUUUACCGUUUGUGUGUCUUUCCUCCAAAAGCGACUGAGUCUCAGCAAUUGCCUGGCCAUAUUCAGGUUAGGUUUGAUGUUGGACUGCCCAAGGCUUGCUGUGUCUGCACGAAAUUAUGCUUGUGAGCGCUUCCAACUCAUCUCAAGGGAUGAAGAAUUUUUCCAGUUACUCCCAAGUGAACUGGCUGCCAUUUUAACCAGUGAUAAUCUCAAUAUAGAGACAGAAGAGGCUGUUUUUGAGGCACUGAUGAACUGGGUGUCACGGGACCUUGAAGGUAGGGAGAAGGAGCUGCCUGGUUUGAUAGACUGUGUGCGUUUACGACUAGUCACCGAGGAUUUUCUAAAAGAGAAAGUAGAGACACAUAAAUUGAUCAAAUCUAAUCAAGAGUUAAAACAAAAACUUCAGCUGGUUUGGGAUGCAAGAGCUGGGAAAAUGCCAGAGGUGCAGAAAAGCAAAAAGCAGAGUAAAGAGGGAGAGGAAGAGGAAGAGGAGGAAGAGGGGUUUCUUCCUGGUAUCCUAAAUGACAACCUGAGAUUUGGCAUGUUUGGGCGGGACUUGAUAUUGAUGAUCAGUGAUGCUGGGACUGUGGCCUACGAUCCAUCUGGGAAUGACUGCUACCUGGCCUCCCUCUCCACACAAAUUCCCAAAAACCAUGUCAGCCUCGUCACCAAGGAGAACCAGGUGUUUGUGGCUGGAGGUCUGUUCUUCGAUGAGCAAAGUGAAGACAAUCCAAUGUGCUCCUACUUCCUGCAGUAUGACCCGACGACUGCUGAUUGGCUGGGGAUGCCUCCGCUGCCUUCUCCGCGUUUCCUGUUUGGUUUUGGUGAGGCGGAGAACUCCAUCUUUGUUAUGGGAGGGAAGGAGCUCAAGGAUCAGGAGCAAACGCUGGACUCGGUUCUGAUAUAUGACAGACAGUCAUUCAAAUGGGGUGAAUCUGAGCCAAUUCCUUACCCAGUGUAUGGGCAUGCAACAGUGUCAUACAAUGAUAUGGUAUAUGUGAUUGGAGGAAAAGGAGACAAUAAGAAGUGUCUGAAGAAGAUGUGCGUGUAUGAUGCCAAAAGGUUUGAAUGGAAAGAACUGGCUCCUAUGAAGUUCAGCCGAUCAUUAUUUGGUGCUGCGGUUCAUAAUGACAAGAUCUAUGUAGCGGCUGGAGUCACAGACAAUGGACUGACUGACUCUGUGGAGGUGUAUGAUAUCGCUACAAACAAGUGGUCCGACUUGGAGGUCUUUCCGCAGGAGCGCAGUUCACUAAACCUGGUGUCUUUGGCUGGGACCUUAUUUGCAAUUGGUGGUUUUGCUAUGAUGCCUCUGGAAGACAGUGACGAGAUGGUUCCCAGAGAAAUGAGCGACAUUUGGAGGUUUAAUGAAUCAGACCAACAGUGGAACGGGGUCCUGAGGGAAAUUAAAUACGUCACCGGGGCCACUGUUCUUGGGGUCCGACUUAACACACUGCGUCUCACCAAGAUGUAAUUUUAUAGUAAUUAUUAUUGCUAUGUAAGACUGUUUAUACUGACUGAUGAUUGUGGAUUUGAAAAUCAACUAACUUUAUUUUGAUAACAGACACUACUGAACAGUAUAUUGUAAGAGCACUUUGCUCAUUAACAGAAUUAUUUUGUAUAUUUAUAUUCCCUUCAUUCUAAGAGUUAAACUGGACACACUGCAUUAAAUAAACAGUUAUUAUCUUGUGUCCAUUGA